AUGGACGAAGAAAAGUCGCCCCUGAUGCGGAUUCCCGCCGAAAUCCGCAUGAUGGUUUAUGAACAUCUUCUGGAUGAUGGGGGAGAAAGAAGACUCGCGGUCCGCAACAAGGCGAUGCACCAGCUGCCGACGGGUAUCCUGAAAACAUAUCGCCGCUCGCCGUAUCGAAUCAUCGAGAGAUCCUUCCACCGCCAAUGCUUCGAAACAACAUACCACCUCGCGUCAAAAACAAUCAUGCACCCCGCCAUUAUGGCCGUUAACCGCCAGAUCCACCGCGAGACCAGCCACAUGCUCUACGGCCUCCACGGCUUCGACUUUGGCGGCGAUGUCGAAGCAGUCGUCCCUUUCUUGAGGGAGCUGACGCCCACGUCGCGCGCCAUGAUUCGAGAGAUCACGAUUCGCAAGGACGGACCGUUGUACUACUGCGAGAGCGACCGGCUGGACUGGGCGAACCUGUGCAAAUACCUGCGGGGGCUUGACAAGAUGAUCCCCAAUAUGAGGAUAAUCGUCGAGGGAGGCAAGCCAGCGGCGGCGUGGGAGGGUCCUCAGAGGCUGGGUGUGUCGGACCUUCGCCUUCUCGCUCUCAUCAAGCACGACAGCAUGGAAUGGAUCGCCGAGCUGCAGAAGGUCGAGGGCAUCGAGCAUCUGGAGAUUGUACCCCACAUGCGCCAUCUUCCUGCACCGGGCACGACUUCGACGCUCUUGUUUGCAGCAUUCUCGGCUUCCAUUGAUACGGCGUUGGUGGAGUAUCUGCGGAUAGACUGCCAGCUUCCGGCGACUGCUGCUUCGUCAACCUGA